UCGGCCAGGUCUCGGGGUGCGAGGCCAGGCAGGCUGAGCGAGGCGCGGGCCGGCCCCGCCCCUCAGGCCGGCCCCACCCCUCAAGGCCCGCGAGUACCUUUCCCAGAGACUUGGCUGGGCGCGGCGCGAGGCGGGCGCUGCGGUGAGUCCCAGUUCCCGACAGCCGGGCUCGGCCAGCGACUGGGCGGGGAGGCCGAGGAUGGAAGUGGGCUUAUCGGCCAUUACCCUCUUUCUCGCCAGCGCCAGCAGCCCUGUGGUGGCAACGACGAUGGACCAGGAGUCAGUGGGCCGUGUGGAACGAGAAGCCGUCGCACCUUCGGGAGUUGCGGCCGCCGCGGCUCUUGGGGAAUCUGCGGGGCAGAUGAGUAACGAAAGAGGCUUUGAAAAUGUAGAACUGGGAGUCAUAGGAAAAAAGAAGAAAGUCCCAAGGAGAGUCAUCCACUUUGUUAGUGGCGAAACGAUGGAAGAAUACAGCACAGAUGAAGAUGAAGUUGAUGGCCUGGAGAAGAAAGAUGUUUUGCCUUCUGUUGAUCCGCUGCACUGUCAGCCCAUUGGAUGGUGUCCACCCACAUCAAGGACAAAACUUACCUGGGGCCCAUACUUAUGGUUUUACAUGCUUCGGGCUGCUACAUCAACUCUCUCAGUGUGUGACUUCCUUGGAGAGAAGAUUGCAUCUGUUUUGGGUAUCAGCACCCCGAAGUACCAAUAUGCCAUUGAUGAAUAUUAUCGGAUGAAGAAGGAGGAAGAAGAAGAAGAAGAAGAAAACAGGGUAUCUGAAGAAGCAGAAAGACAGUAUCAACAGAAUAAAUUGCAGACUGAUUCCAUUGUUCAGACAGAUCAACCAGAGACAGUGAUAUCCAGCUCAUUUGUGAAUGUCAAUUUUGAAAUGGAGGGAGACAGUGAAGUAAUUAUGGAAAGCAAGCAAAAUCCAGUCUCUGUCCCACCAUAAAAUGAAAUGACUAUCAAGCUUUAAACUCUUAAGUUUUUUUUUUAAUAUAGAAACUUUCACAUUCUUUAUUCAGUGGGACUUAAUACAAUUAUUUAUAUUUUAAAUUAUUAAAAUACCUGGAAAGGGAAAAUGUUUCUUCAUUUUUAGAAUCUAUCUAGCAAAAGCCAGAUCUGAAAUUCAGAUAUUUGUACUGUUUUUACUGUGCAUAGAAUUAGUGCUUUGGUUUUAAAAUGACCUUUUAAAAACAUUAAGGACAUCCUAGAGCCUUAAUAGUUAAGAAGAGUUAAAUUAUCAAGCCUGUCUAUUUGUGCGUUUGCUUUUUUUAAAAAAGGUAAGUUGCUGAUUAAGUCUAAUUGUAAUUGAUAAUUCCAUAGUCUUAGAUUAAAAUGAGGAUAUUUUCUUCUAGAUUUUCUCAUGUUAUGCCAUGCAUUUAUAUAUCUAACCAUUAAUUCACAUUAAGGAUGCUUCACCAUAUAAUAAAAGGAGCAAGAUGGAAGCACUUUGAAUUUUCUUUCAUUGAGAAUAACUUUUAUGUAAGAUUCUGUAUUUAUAACACCAGAUAUUAAGAUAGGCUUCCAUUUUUUAAUGCAAGCCACUUAAUCUUGUAUUCUUUUUCAGGACUCAAAUAACUAGCUUUGAACAUAAAAUUAAAACACUACUUAUGGAAUACAUUUAUUAAUGUUAAACCUAGUGAAUAUCCGUGUGGCAUCCUGGUUAUGUUAUCCAUUCAGCAUUCAUCCUAUAGAAAAGUGGUUUGGAGGAGAUUGGGGAUAGUGGGACAGGUAUAGAUUUAAUCCAUCAGGAGCAAUUAGAUAUUGUAUAAGGUGCAAUGAUAGCCUAACGAAAUUACCUGACAUUCAUCAUUUAGAAGUAGCAAGAGUGAAGACUGGACAGUUUACCUGAAUUUGUUUGGCCAUUCCUCUAUCUACUUGGUUAUUUGUAAACCUUAUAAAGGUAUAUAUUGUGAAGCUAAUUUUGAAAAUAUUCCUAAAUAUGGCUGGGUACGGUGCCUACGCCUGUAAUCCCAGCACUUUGGGAGGCUGAGGCGGGCAGAUUACUUGGGUCAGGAGUUUGAGACCAGCCUGGCCAAUGUAGUGAAACCCCAUCUCUACAAAAAUACAAAAAUUUAGCCAGGUGUGGUGGUGCGUGUCUGUAAUCCCAGUUGCUCCGGAGGCUGAGGCAGGAGAAUCACUUGAACCAGGGAGGUGGAGGUUGCAGUGAGCCGAGAUUGCACCACUGCACUCCAGCCUGGGCGACAGAGUGAGACUCCAUCCUAGCGGGGGAAGAAAAAUACAUAUAUAUAUAUAUACACACACACACACACACAUUUCUAAAUGUGUGUAUAGAACCUUUUAUCAGUAUAACAUUGAUUUAUAAUUAAAUGUGGGUGAGGAAGAAUGUGUGGAGUAUUUCAGAAAUUUUGAUUUUAAAACCCUUUUCAGAAACUUAAAGCUGUUAGAAAUUGUUAUAUUAAUAGCCUUCUAAACAGCAUUAAGUUUUCAAUCUUAAUAUAUCUAUAUAAAAUAUAGUGUCAGAAAGUAACAUCAUCAAUACAGUGGGUCUGUAAUGGAAAUCUGUGUCAAUGAACAUGAACUGAGUUCCUCAACUACAAGUUGAAGGAUAAUUAAACUUUUCAUUAGGAGUGUUCAGCUACAUGGAUUCAUGGAAUGGUGGUUCAUAGUAAGUGAUGGUAAUCUUUUUAUUCAUGGGUGUAAACCAUUUAUAACUUAGUGCUCAAAAGAUUAAUCUUUUGAUUAUAUAAUGUCCCAUGAAUUCCAGUUUACCAAUAGUUCUAAAACAUGCUAACCUAACCUUUUCCUUCUAAUUUAACUUCAUUCGAGAUAGUACCUCUCACUCACAGAUAUUUAUUUGGUUAUCAAGUGAAGGUAGGUGUGUCUAAAAGUGAUCUUUUGAAUCCUGUCUCCCUAGGGGUAAUAGUAUCUAGAGUUUACCGAGAACAUUUUAUGUUUGUAAUAAAAGGAAGUAGUGACUUAUGGAGGUUUUGUUUCUUGAAUUUUACUUUUGCUACUUGUCCAAUAGUGGCUAGUUUAUCAAUACAGUUAUUCACUGUGCCUUAAGUUUAUACUGUUUAUGCAAACUAUAAAAUUUCCCAUAAAUGUA